AUGUUAUCCACAAUAACAGACUUCACUGGGGUGGAUUGGUGGUCAUAUGGUCGGCUUGUGAACUAUGACAUGCCCAAUCCAACAGAGCCUAAUAUUUCGAACUGGUUAAUUCAAAAUCCUCAGAGAUUGAACAUGGCGAAUAUCGGUCUUUCCUUUUUCGAUGACCAUGUCACAGAGGAGAACAUUACCCACAAAUCUCAAUACCUCGAUUUGUGGGAGGGUACCAUCAUGUCAAAGUUCCGCUACAAUGAAUCUGAUGUGUCGGUUCAAGUCUGGUGUCAUCCCGACCAAGCUGUUACUGGAAUAGAGAUCAAAUCAGAUCUUACAUCUUCUGGGAAAUUAGGAGUCUUCUUAGACUUUCCAUACUCCGAUACUAACAAGUUUGACGCUCCUUACGUCGGCGUGUGGAAUGACACCACGAAUCAUGAGGUGACCAUGGACCCAGCUCAGCAUACUGCCUCAUUCAAGCAUACAAUCGACAGUAAUUCAAACUGGGUAAAAGUCACUUGGAACACUGCAGGGUCCUUCUCAGCACCCUUGAAUGGGUCAAACAAGUUUGUUCUUCGGCAUAGCGGAUCCAACACCCUGCGCUUCGUUGCCGACUUCUCACUUACUGAUAAUACACGCAAAAGUCUACCACAAUAUCAGACUAUCGUUGAUGCAUCGAAGAAAUGGUGGGCAGAUUAUUGGACAUCCGGGGCAUUUAUAGAUCUCUCCGGCACAAAAAAUGCGAGUGCUAGAGAGCUACAGAGACGCAUCAUUCUUUCACAAUACCUGGUGGCUGUCAACGAGGCGUCUUAUUACCCCCCGCAGGGUAAGUUGACGGUUGAAAUGAGCCUCCUUUUUUUUUUUGCUCGUCUGAUCUAUUAUAUUUUCAAAAACACAUACUAA